GCCUGACACGCUCAGUGGGUGGACACGGACACCAGGACCACCUGCUGCCCAACGGUCGUGCACACACGUCAACGCGACGCCGCGUGCCUCCCCCGCCCCCCAACAACGUUGCUGUCUCAACGGAUGACGACAUGAAUGAGGACGAUGACAGCAUGGUGCGAAGGAGCACGCGCCGUCGCAAGUGCAUCUACGGCAACCUCAACCAGACAUGGAUAUUGACGUCGAGUCCUGCCAGACUUUGGCAAGCCACAUGCGGAUCAGUCAACAUCCCGUAGCAAGAAGGACCCGACCACGUUCCAUCAUUACCUCCGCUAGUUCUGCCAACCAUCACCACUGACAGCAUGCCUCCGGGUGGCAAUGACUCUGAAACCUUAGACGGCGACAACGAGGACAGCCUUGAGUCAAAACGAAGCAAUGAGAAGGGUGUGAAUGCUGAGCUCCGUCGUCUCGGCCUGUCUGAGAUGCAGCAUUUCUCGGCAGAGGACAUGUAUUCACGGGUGAAGCGGACACGCCAGCAGCACCAGGCGGCCGCAGCGGCGGAGGAGCAGCCAUUCUUCCGCACGCGGAGCUCUCGACGGGCCGCAGCAGAGGAGCGCCGGGGUCGCCGGCGGGAGGCUGCAGCGGCGGCGGGAGUGGCUGGCAGCGACUCCGAGCCACAGGGAGGCAGUUCUGGGGAAUCUGGGGACAGCGCCGAUGAUGACGAUGAAGAGGAGGUGCAGUUGCCCGUGAUGAAUGGUUACCACCUCCGUCCCAAGAAGCCCGUCACGGAACGCUUCCAAGUGCCUGUUGCGGAGACAAAGCGGUCCAAGCGGAUAGCCAGCAUCUUCCACACGCCAAAGCACGACCGGCGGAACCGGUCAUCCUACCAUUCUCCGGCCCACAGGAGCCCCAUGUACAGAAGAAAACGGCAUGCCACACACAACAGCUCCUCCACGAGCAGUUCGAGCGACGACGAGCGGCGCUUCGAACGGCGCAAGGCGCGCAGCAUGGUCCGCGCUCGGAACCGGUGUCUGCCGCUCAACUUCCAGGAGAAGGACCUCUUCGAGGGCGUGCUCCGCGACCGGGCCAAGAUCGGCUCCAGUCUGGCUGACGUCGACCCCAUGCACGUCGACAAGGACGUUGUCUUUGACCGCGUGGGUGGGCUGGACAGCCACAUCCAGCAGCUCAAGGAGAUGAUCCUCUUCCCACUCAUCUACCCCGAAGUCUUCGAGCGCUUCAAGAUCACACCACCCCGGGGUGUCCUCUUCUACGGUCCCCCUGGCACUGGCAAGACGCUGGUGGCGCGGGCGCUGGCCAACGAGUGCGGUCGUGGCGACUCACGAGUGGCGUUCUUCAUGCGCAAGGGCGCCGACUGCCUCAGCAAGUGGGUUGGCGAGUCCGAGAGGCAGCUGCGCAUGCUCUUCGACCAGGCUUACUCUAUGCGUCCGUCCAUCAUCUUCUUCGACGAAAUCGACGGCCUGGCACCCGUGCGGUCAACGCGGCAGGACCAGAUCCACAGCUCCAUCGUCUCCACACUUCUCGCCCUCAUGGACGGCCUCGACUCCCGUGGCGAGGUGGUCGUUAUUGGUGCCACCAACCGCAUCGACGCCAUCGACCCUGCUCUCCGGCGGCCGGGUCGUUUCGACCGGGAGUUUCACUUUUCAUUGCCCUGCCACAAGGCACGUCUCAGUAUACUCCAGAUCCACACACGAGACUGGCAUCCGGCGCCGAGCCAGGCAUUGCUUUCUGAGCUAGCCUCUCGCUGCACGGGCUACUGUGGGGCCGACCUCAAGGCUCUCUGCGCAGAGGCUGCCCUGGUGGCUCUGAGGCGCACCUUCCCCCAGAUCUACUCUACGAAAGAGAAGCUGCAGCUCAACAUUGACUCGGUCCAGAUCCUUCCCGAGGACUACGACCGGGCAAUGCGCAAGAUCGUGCCAGCCUCCCAACGGUGCGGUGCAUCACCAGCUCGUCCGCUGAGCACGACGGUGCGGCCCCUGCUGUGCCAGAUGGUGGAGAAGGCCCUCGUCUACCUGCAGAGUGCCUUUGGUGCCGGCCUGCAUAAGUCAUCAAUUGCGCAGCGGCUCACCGGCCAGGACGGCAACCAGAGUGACGACAGCAGUGUAUUCUCUGAUGAUGAAGCCAUGAAUGGAAUCUGUAAUUCUACAUUAGAUCUCACCAAGGAGGCUGCUGCAGACACCGAAAGCGUCAUUCCAAGCAUCCGGUCUCGAUUCGCUGCCACCCGCAGUGCCAGCCAUCGACCACGCCUCCUCAUCUGCGGGCAGCCGGGCCUAGGCCAGACGACUCAUGUGGCCCCCGCCGUCCUCCAUUUGUUGGAGCACCUGCCGCUGCACCGGCUAGAUCUGCCCUCGCUCCACUCUGUCACGGCUCGUGCACCGGAGGAAGCUUGUGCCCAGGUGCUCCAGGAAGCACAGCGUGUGCUGCCCGGUGUGCUGUACCUUCCACACUUGUGCCAGUGGUGGGACACGCUGGGCGAAGCAGUCCGGGCUACGUUCCUGACCCUCCUAGGAGACUUGGAGCCUCUGACGCCCGUGCUCUGGCUGGCCACAGCCGACGUGCCUUUUAGGGAGCUGCCUCCUCAGGUGCAGCAAUUGUUUGGACCAUCUGAGGUGCUGGAGCUGGUUCCCCCGACGGAAGUGGAGCGGCGCAAGUUUUUCGCGCCAGUGUUUGCCAAGGCUGCUAUGCCGCCGAGGCCCAGGCGAACGCCUCCCGAACAGAUGCCCUCCUUACCGGCAGCACCCCCGCCAGAGCCCCGAAAGCUCACGCCGACCGAGCUGGAACGCCUCCGACAGCAGGAGGAAGCAACGCUCCGGGAGUUGCGCCUGUUCUUGCGUGACAUCCUGACGAAGCUGAUGCGUGACCGGCGGUACACCAUGUUUGCCAAGCCCGUGGAUGCGUCGGAGGUGCCCGACUACCUGGAGGUGAUCCAGCAACCCAUGGACCUGGAGACCAUGAUGGUCAAGAUCGACUUACACAAGUACCAAACUGUGGCGCAGUUCCUGCAGGACAUUGAGCUCAUCUGCUCCAACGCGCUCGAAUACAAUCCUGACCGAAACCCCAUGGACAAGAACAUUCGACAUCGAGCCUGCGCCCUUCAGGACGCAGCCAAUGCGCUCGUCGACACCGAGCUCGACUGGGGCUUUGAGAAGAUCUGCCAGGACAUCGUCCAGGCUCGCAAGGAAAGAGGGGAGGAGUCAGUGCCUUACGUACCGAAGAACUACCACGUCGCUCCGCGACCAGCGCCAGUGGCCACAGACGCCCCAGUACCUGAUCUGCCGCACGUCCAGGCGUCGAACGAAGAGGGAGGCUCGAAGAGGUACAGCCGAAGGCUUCGGGGAUUGGUGGUUGCUAGCGACGAAGAGGACACAACAGAAAACGGUGCGACCGAGGUAACCGAGGACGCCGCGGAAGACAUGCCCGACACAUCAACACUGGACAGCCAGUCGUCGUCCAAGCCUUCGUCGUCCAGCAAGGGAGGGGAGGCGUCCGGCGGUGAACGGCGGGCAUACCCUGUGGUGCGCCGUCGCAAGUCACCCUGGUUUGGCAGCCACCGUCGCCAUGUGCUGCGGCAUGCCGCCUCCGCUGCUGCUGCUCUGCCUGGCCGCAGAAAGACGCCCGCUGUGAUCGAUAAAGUCACAUCUAGAAGUUUGGCGAAGCGGCGACGGUCGUCGUCGGAUGGAGCGGGAAAGAACAGCGAUUCAGCACUACCAGCCGCCAAGGUUGUGGCGAAGGACAGGUUGUCGUCGACAGAAACCCGGCAAGUAGCCGCUUCUGCACGGUUGAAGGAAGCUAGUCCCGGCACUGCAGGAGUCAAGCAGCAAAGCACAACAAGUGAAGGUGGCACAAGCGGAGGGAAGUCAAGCUGGGGAAGCAAUGGAGAAUGCCUCUUCUGUUGAAGUGUCCGCUGCAGCAGAACAGGUGUUGCAGUUGAACCGCGGAUGGCUGGAAGAGCUUGAGGACAGGACGGUGAACGAGACAGAAGGUGCGACCGUGGAGCAGCUCGAACGACUGUACUGCGCUUUGCUCAAUGUUGCUCGGCAUCACCGUCGCUCUUGGGACCGAAACGUCAUGCUCCUGGAAAUGGCCCAGCAACUGGACUCCUUCAAGAGCCUAUUAAGUCCUCAAACACGGACAUAGCAUUGGCUCAAGGGUUCUCACUGCCAGCCUGUAAUAUUUAAUGCCAACUGGCGCAAGAAAGAGGGGAGGGACUGCCGUAGCACCAGCCUGUCGUGGCAGAGCUACAGGCAGCCUACCACUACCACCGCAGCACUGCCAAAAGAACGGGUCCACGUGCGCCGAUCGUCAAGCAGACAAACGUGCAGCAAGAUGCGUGACUUCCGUUCCAGCCGUUCAAGACCACAUCGUUUCCCCUGAGCUGAUGCCUUUCUUAGCACACUGCUUCGCUGUCGAGAAUCAUCCAGCGUCUCUCUGGUACAAUGCGAAUGGACUGUAAUAAAUAAUUAGGCUGCUGCAGCUUUUCUUCUUUUUUUUUUCUGCUAUCGCUGUGGGUACGUGUGUGUAUGAUUGUGGCACUGGCAGCCUAUUUCUUCUGCUGUGCGUGCCAUGUGUGUUGUGACCGUGUGUAGGCGUUUUCAAUGUUCUUUCUUUUUUACCCUUAUGUUUGUGCUGUGACUUUAAGCAGGGCUUAACUCUCGACAACUUGAGGGAAGUUGAGAGUGGUCGAGUUCCUUUAUUGGGGACAGAUAAGUCGUGUGUACCGGGGUUCUGCUGUCUACGUUCUGACAUAGAUGAGGCAUAGGCUACUCUCUCAUUGCAGCCGUAAUGCCGGUGUGUCAAUCAUCUCUGCUGUGCUAUUGAUAUCUCAAACCAGUUUCUUUAUCGCAAAAAGCGCAUUUAAUCGUUAUGACAUCCUGUGUGGGAUUCAAGCUGGAGAGAACAAGGAUCAGGGUUAGGAGUAUUAUUUUUUGGUCCGUCACAGGCAUCAAAAAGUUGGCCAGCUUAGUAGCAAGUACGAGACGAGAAAAGCAGGCUUAGCAUUUAGGCCUAUCAUUAAGGCUUAGCAAAUGUAGGUCCUGCAUUUCUAUCUCGGAAGUGUUUCUCACUUUACAUCUGUGUCUUGUGUCCCAUGCAGAGUGCCACAUCGAAAUUUGUUGAAGUAUGCAUUGGUGUGACCUGGGUUAAUGGUGCUAUUGAUAACUUAUCUCUGUGUGAUCAUGUUGGCACUGUCAUGUGUUCCCUACACGAAACUUGACCAAUCGGCCAAAGAGGUUUGCUAUAAUGAUUGAUACUGUAAUCGAUGCCCUAAAGAGGAACCGCAGCCGCGAUUUGGGUCUUGACAACGGGGCGUUUUCAGUGCACACUGAACUGUUUGCAGGUCAUAGCAGGAGCAUGAUUAUCUCUCCUCAUGCAACAUGUUCUCGUCUGUUGAUGAAACAUGCUGUUUUGCUCAAUAUCAUAUCGUUUCUUGAUAUAGUACACACUACAUAGAUGCCUUUUAUCUGAAAUUAUCACUGUCUUGGUUGAAACUUUGGAAGGAGAUUCGCAACUGAACCAGCAUUGUCAUCAAAUGCUAGGGUUCACUCAACUCUGAGAAGUGGCUACUCGGGUGGGCCUGUUUGUUUUUUUGGCGUUCAAGAGAGUUCCGUGCACUGGUGUUGUACUUGAUGUCAGGGCUGUGGAAAUGGCCUGUUCCAAUGCAUGCAUCAUCUGUGAAGGUUUUUCAAUACUGUUUGACCAAACUUUUUCAGUGAGAGGUGGGGUCAACUUCAUAAAACUUGUUUGGUUCUGUGAUGUUCACAUUAUGUGGCAUGCAUACAUAGUGGAAAAUUUUACAUUAGUAGUAGAAGUGUUAUCCAGUCAGGAGCAGUCUGAAAGAAUAAAAAUACCAAAAAGCCCUUAUAACACUGUCUUAAGGUGCUUCUUUUCUCCUUAGUGAAGUAUUCACCCUUAAUGGUGUAAAUUUCUACAUUUUAGCUGGAAAGCCUACACCCUUAAUUGUGCAAGUUUCUUUGCACACUUGGCUAUAAAUUCUGCACUCUUAGUGCUGUAGAUUUGUUGUGAAUGGGAUAGUUAUGAAUUCUGCACCCUUAUUGGUGCAGAUUUCUCUAACACUCAUACUAUGAAUUUUGCAUCCUUAAUAAUUAUUUUCAAAUUUCUUGUAUACUCUUGAUUACAAAUCACACCCUUAGUGGUGUAAAUUUAUUGUGUACAUUUUGGCUAUGAAUUUUGCACCCUUAAUAAUUGAGUUCAAAUUUCUUGUAUACUCUCGGCAGACUCUGCUCUCGGUUACAAAUCACACCUUUCAUAGUGCAAAUUUGUCACGUAUACUUCAAGUGGGGAAUUCAGUCAAGCAAGAGGAAGUGUCGGGAAACAUAGUAUUGUCCUUCUAUUUGUGAUGAGUGUAUGCUUGUCAAAUCAAAAGCUUACUAGAAACGACCCAAAAGGUGUGAAAUCGGAGUCUCACCUACUGCAUUCAAGCAAGUUUGGUGCCUGACAUAUGGGGAACUGACAAAUUUUUGACAGGAGACGCACGAGCUGGACUUCAUGAAUGUUUUUACUGGGUGAUUAGCUCUACUCAACCACUGUGUUUCAUGUGACAGUUGUUUAGGUUAAUGACUCUGACGGAACCGUUUGUGUCUGUAAGGGGGUUAUGACAUGCAUUUAGAUAAUUAAAUGAAUUAACAGUAUGCAUGCUGUGAAAUACAUGUGAUGCUGUGCAUCAGCAAUAGUCUGGCUCGGCAGCAUUUACAGCGGCGCAAGCCAAGUUUACAGUGCACUUUUUGUCUCGGCAUGCAUGUUAUCUGUAUUAGUUUACAUUAUUGUUGUCCUGCACUUUCACAUUUAAAAGUGGCACACUCGCUUAGAUUUCUGUUACUGUUGGACGAGAAUAUUUUUUUCUGUAUGUAUGAUUAUUUAGUGUCCGAUACGAGUUGAAUGUAUUCCUCAUUUUGGUUGUCAGGCUGCAGGACAUCAAUUUGUAGGUCUGUUAGUGACUGUAAAAUGCCCGUGUGAAAUGUGGACUGUGUCGUGUGUUUUCAACUGCUUUAUUUUUUGCAACUUUCAACAUCUCUGGUUUGAAUUCCAUGGUUCAGUUGAUGCAACAUGUUUUGAAUAAUCUGUGUUCAGAGUGAAGCAAGUUAUUCGUUCUUCCACAUUGCUUUCUUUUUCUUGUUUUAAUUGAUUGCUCUUGGUCAGGCAUUUCGUGUCCACGCCAAAGAAAAAUAAAUGCAAGUUUUUAAUGUUGCUGUUCUGAAUAGCUACAGAUUUGCUGCUACAACAGCCACGUGUAGCAGGCUUUGUGAUAGGAUUGACAGUUUGUGUGAGAACAUUACUGUAACUUUUUUUUAAGGUGGUGUGGGAAAUCGCACAGUCUCAAGGCUGUCCACUGGGCUUUUCUGAUUUAAAGAUUUCUUUUUUGGGCUUUUCGCCCCCGAUGUUCGCCGGUGUGACAUUCACUUCUUUGAGAACACUUAGUUGUGUCGAGAGAAGGGAGGCAUUACCAUUACUAAGCAUUAUCACUGACUAGUGCAGUUCCGUUAAGGCUGAUUUAAAAACUCGCACCCAGAGACUGCCUUUCUUUCAUUGUGCGCAAAGCCUCCCAGUCCGUGUCUAAGGUGUUCGGCAAUUCUAAUGCAGCGCCAAAUGGUGUUGUACUGGUGCCCGACAGUAAACCACGUUCCGAGUACCUCACAAGAGCUGGGAUCGGAAGGGCCAAAAGGUUAUUCGCAUGUGCGGCGUUCUUUUUGUGACCGUUUCGAGGUUUAAACACUGCCACAAAGUUACUGAGCCAAUGUCAUUGAUAAUGUUCAAAUGCUGCUGGAACAGUGGUCAGGGAAAAAUGGUGCCGCCACUGCCAUUUCAUGGAGCCGUCUACCUCGUGUUGUGAAUGAAAAGGUAAAUAAAGAAAUUGAAUCUUGUA